UACAUGAAGUAACGACCGAUCGUAAAUAUAAAAUGGCAGACAGUAUUCGUAGUAUAUUCACUCUUCAUCAUUCUAGAGGAAGUAUCGUUGAAGGAGUUGGCGAUGAAGUCCUUCUGGGACUCGUAUCAUCUUUAUUAUUAAUUGCUAUAGUUAGUAUUGUAUACAGAAAUCACGUCAGGACGCGAAAUAUUCAUCCUUUACAAGAAGAACAAGUGCAACUAACAAGAGAUAGAUUAGGUUUAGGACGUGAAGAUCAUGAAGACACGACCUCAGAACAUUUUUCUCAACCUCCAAGGCCUUUCUCUACUGACAGGCAAUGUCCUGUGUGUCUAACAGAUGCUAGGUAUCUAACUAUGACUAACUGUGGGCAUGAAUUUUGUGCUCCUUGUAUCAUAACCUAUUGGCGUUAUGGAAGUUGGCUUGGUGCAGUUCAGUGUCCUGUUUGUAGACAACAGGUGACAAUUCUUUUCAAGAACUUUUCUCCUGAAGAGAAUGCAUCCCAAGAAUCGGCAGGGUGGAAAAGAGAAAUUUAUGAAUAUAAUAGGCGAUUCUCAGGACUACCCAGAUCUUUGAUGGACCAUAUCCGUGAUUUCCCGACUCUUUUAAGACAGUUGUUUAAUGAGUUAUUUUCAGUCGGAGGACUCGUUUGGGUGCUGAGGAUGCGCAUCAUUUUGUGUUUUCUCGCUGCAGCUCUUUACUUCAUUUCUCCUUUAGACAUUAUCCCAGAAUCCGUGUUUGGAUUUCUGGGUCUUUUAGAUGAUGUUCUUAUAAUUUUGUUGUUACUGGUUUACGUCACUGAAGCCUAUAGACAGUAUGUUGCCAAUAGAACAGCAAUGUAAUGAUAAUACAUGUUGUUAAUAGAACAGCAUAUCAUUAACAAAAGAUAUAUAUAUGAAGUAGUACACAGUAAACCGACUGCCUUAAAAAGCUAUCAAUAAUAAAGUAGCCUGCACAGCCUUCUUGUCGGUUUUGGAACAAAUCAGGGGUUUUUGAGGUUCCUGCUUCAGCUAUGUGUCCGCUAGAAAAAUGAGACCUAGCAAAAAAAGGGAAACGUGGGGGGUGGGGAAAGUAGGGAAGGUUUCCUUCUUUCCCUUCCUGCCCUCUCAUCCUUCACUUCUUUUUUUGCUCAGUUUCAGUUCUCAGUGGUUCCAAAUUUCCAAAGUUCCCCAAAACCACAAGAACACCAAUGAGGUACAAAUGCAGAUCAAGGAGUUUUACUGGGUGCCUGUUAGCCCCAUUCCUGCACAGGUUCUAAAAUAAAGAAAAUUACAUUUCCAGGAAGGAAAUUGGUUCCUGAGGUUGAACCUCAAAUCUGCCUCUCAAGGAAGGGAUAUAGAUAUUUUGUGAUGUCAAUAAAUAGGGCAGAUCAAUGUAGUGUCAACUUAAGAAGGCAAAUAGAUACACAGAAAUUUUGUUCACUCAUGCUUUGUGCACUGUGUUCACUGCUCAGCUUGUAGUGUUUAGUUCCUAACAUGUAUCACCAUCACUAGUGUUGGAGAGUUAGAUGAGAAAUAAAGGUGUCUGGUUUUAUCAUG